CCUCCACGCCGCCGGCUGCGUUCUGUGCGCAUGCGCACCGUGCAUUCUCGCGCGGCCGCGCCUCCAGCUGCCCUGGUUACCGUUGGUGUUUGCGAAUUCUCUGCCGCGCCUUCUUCGCCUGAGACCUGCGCCGCCGGGCUCCAGCGGCGGUUCCUUACGCGCGGGCUCGCGUCACGUGGGUCGAGGUUCCCCUGCGGUUGCCGGCGGGCGGCUGGGCCGGGAGGCAGGAGCUGCAGCCACAGCUCGCCCUCCCUCUGCGCCCCAGGGCGGUCGCGCGGGUAAAAAUGGCGAAAUGGGGGUAGUCGGCGCCGAACCUGAAGCGAUGGGGCGCGCAGGUGGGGCUGUUGCCAGAGGCCCCUGACGCGGGCGCCGGGCUGUUCUGGGCGAUUUAACCUGGCGACCUCGGGCCGGCGCCUACGAGGUGAGACCGCAGGGUCCGCGGGUCUCCGGGGGCCCCGCCGAGAGCCGGAGGCAAUGGAUGAACAGAGCGUGGAGCGCUGGCUGACAGAGCAGAGAGCUCAAUGUCCUCAUUGCCGUGCUCCACUCCAGCUACGGGAACUAGUAAAUUGUCGUUGGGCGGAAGAAGUAACACAACAACUUGAUACUCUUCAACUCUGCAGUCUUACUAAGCAUGAAGAAAAUGAAAAGGACAAAUGUGAAAAUCACCAUGAAAAGCUUAGUGUAUUUUGCUGGACUUGUAAGAAGUGUAUUUGCCAUCAGUGUGCGCUUUGGGGAGGAAUGCAUGGUGGACAUACCUUUAAACCUUUGGCAGAAAUUUAUGAGCAGCAUGUCACUAAAGUGAAUGAAGAGGUAGCCAAACUUCGUCGGCGUCUCAUGGAACUGAUCAGCUUAGUUCAAGAAGUGGAAAGAAAUGUAGAAGCUGUAAGAAAUGCAAAAGAUGAACGUGUUCGGGAAAUUAGGAAUGCAGUGGAGAUGAUGAUUGCUCGGCUAGACACACAGUUGAAGAAUAAGCUUAUAACACUUAUGGGUCAGAAAACAUCUCUAACCCAAGAAACAGAGCUGUUGGAAUCCUUACUUCAAGAGGUGGAACACCAGUUGCGGUCUUGUAGUAAGAGUGAAUUGAUAUCCAAGAGCUCAGAGAUCCUCAUGAUGUUUCAGCAAGUUCAUCGAAAGCCCAUGGCAUCCUUUGUUACCACCCCUGUUCCUCCAGACUUUACCAGUGAAUUAGUACCAUCUUAUGAUUCAGCUACUUUUGUUUUAGAGAAUUUCAGUACUUUGCGCCAGAGAGCAGAUCCUGUUUACAGUCCACCUCUUCAAGUUUCAGGACUUUGCUGGAGGUUAAAAGUUUACCCAGAUGGAAAUGGAGUUGUGCGUGGUUACUACUUAUCUGUGUUUCUGGAACUCUCAGCUGGCUUGCCUGAAACUUCCAAAUAUGAAUAUCGUGUAGAGAUGGUUCAUCAGUCCUGCAAUGAUCCUACAAAAAAUAUCAUUCGAGAAUUUGCAUCUGAUUUUGAAGUUGGAGAAUGCUGGGGUUAUAAUAGAUUUUUCCGUUUGGACUUACUAGCAAAUGAAGGAUACUUGAAUCGGCAAAAUGAUACAGUGAUUUUAAGGUUUCAGGUACGUUCUCCAACCUUCUUUCAAAAAUGCCGGGACCAGCAUUGGUAUAUUACUCAGUUGGAAGCUGCACAGACUAGUUAUAUCCAACAAAUAAACAACCUUAAAGAGAGACUUACCAUUGAGCUGUCUAGAACUCAGAAAUCAAGAGAUUUGUCACCACCAGAUAAUCAUCUUAGCCCCCAAAAUGAUGAUGUUCCAGAGACACGAGCUAAGAAGUCUGCUUGCUCUGAUAUGCUUUUGGAGGGUGGUCCUACUACAGCAUCUAUAAGGGAAGCCAAAGAGGAAGAAGAAGAUGAGGAGAAGAUUCAGAAUGAAGAUUAUCAUCAUGAGCUUUCAGAUGGAGAUCUGGAUCUGGAUCUUGUUUGUGAAGACGAAGUAAAUCACCUUGAUGGCAGCAGUUCCUCUGCUAGCUCCACAGCAACAAGUAAUACAGAAGAAAAUGACAUUGAUGAAGAAACUAUGUCUGGAGAAAAUGAUGUGGAAUAUAACAGCAAGGAAUUAGAAGACGGAGAGCUUGUGGAAGAUGAUGCUGCUGCGGGACCACCAGGUAGUAGCCAUGGCUAUGUCGGUGCCAGCAGCAGGAUGUCAAGAAGAACACAUUUAUGCUCUGCCGCUGCUAAUAGUUUAUUAGACAUUGAUCCAUUAAUUUUAAUACAUUUGUUAGACCUUAAAGACCGGAGCAGUAUGGAAAAUUUGUGGGGCUUACAGCCUCGCCCACCUGCUUCACUUUUACAGCCCACAGCAUCAUAUUCUCGAAAAGAUAAAGACCAAAGGAAACAGCAGGCAAUGUGGCGAGUGCCCUCUGAUUUAAAGAUGUUAAAAAGACUCAAAACUCAAAUGGCUGAAGUUCGAUGUAUGAAAACUGAUGUAAAGAAUACACUUUCAGAAAUGAAAAGCAGCAAUGCUGCUUCUGGAGACAUGCAGACAAAUCUUUUUUCUGCUGACCAGGCAGCUCUGGCUGCGUGUGGAACUGAAAACUCUGGCAGAUUACAGGAUUUGGGAAUGGAACUCCUGACAAAGUCAUCAGUGGCCAGUUGUUACAUACGAAACCCCACAAAUAAGAAGAGUAAUUCACCCAAGUCAGCUCGGUCAAGUAUAGCAGGUAGUCUAUCACUUCGAAGGGCAGUGGACCCUGGGGAAAAUAGUCGUUCAAAGGGAGACUGUCAGACUCUGUCAGAAGGCUCUCCAGGAAGCUGUCAGUCUGGGAGCAGACAUAGUUCUCCCCGAGCCUUGAUACAUGGCAAUAUUGGUGAUAUUCUGCCAAAAACUGAAGACCGGCAAUGUAAAGCUUUGGAUUCAGAUGCUGUUGUGGUUGCAGUUUUCAGUGGCUUACCUACUGUUGAGAAAAGGAGGAAAAUGGUUACGUUGGGGGCUAAUGCUAAAGGAGGCCAUCUGGAAGGAAUCCAGUUGAGUGAUUUGGAAAACAAUUCUGAAACUGGGGAGUUACAGCCUAUACUACCUGAAGGAGCGUCAGCUGCCCCUGAGGAAGGAAUGAGUAGCGACAGUGACAUUGAAUGUGACACUGAGAAUGAGGAACAGGAAGAGCACACCAGCGUGGGCCGAUUUAAUGACUCUUUCAUGCCACAGCCCCCAGAUGAAGAUACACAUUCCAGUUUUCCUGAUGGUGAACAAAUAGGCCCUGAAGAUCUCAGCUUCAGUACUGAUGCAAACAGUGGAAGGUAAUUGCCAAAUCAAGGAAACGGACUUGCAAGCUACCUUGACCUUGAAUUUUGCUGUAGUUGGUGCUCAAAUUUGUCAUCAGUCAGAUAAUCAGAUUUGGUCUUCUUUUUUCAUCAUCUUUACCUGAAAUAGUAAUUUGGAAACUGUUAGAAAGUAGCACAAUUCUAGUAUAAGACUGUAGUAUGCAGGAAAAAAUUAACAGUGUAGGAAGAGUUCUUUGUGAUGUCAUGAAAUAAAUGUAGUCCUUCAUUAAGUGAACACAUUCGUAUAUUCACAAAAGGCAGUUUGUCUACUUCAACAGAAGGCCAAUUAGCUGCCCGGAAAUACUGCAGACUAUGCAUGAACCUACUCAGCAUCGGUGCCUUCUGUCUUUGGCUAGUUGCUCAGUUGUUUUAAAUGACCACCUUUGUAUUUGGGUUUUAAUCACAGUCUAUAGUUUAUUAGUGCCUGUAGAUGAGUGAAUAGAACAAUUGCUUGUGAACAGAUUCUGCUCUGUAGACACUUUAUGUGAAUAACUAGAGUAACACUAGACUGAAUCUCCUUUUGGAGUAUGUUGAGGGGCUAAAAUGUAUCUUUUCUUAUUUGUUCAAGUCCAGGCACACUGUUUAAUGGCACAUACGUUUUCUAUUGUGUGACUUUUGCAGAUGUAAUCUUAACAGUUAAGUUAAUGUGGAUCAGUCUUGUUUCUGGUCAUGGAGACACCUGUAAGAUUAUUUAAAAUUAUUUUUUUUUGCCGCUUACUGUACUAUAACAGAUAUUCUUAAAGUCUCUUCUUUAUUCUCAUUAGUUCGACAUUGAUUUCACUGUCAUUAUGUUUAAAGACUCAUACAUAUUGUAUAGUAGCUUACAUCAAAGUUAAACUGUGAUACUGGGUUUUCUUUCAUACUCAUAAUUAGCUCAGAAUGGUUGCCAAACUUUGCCAUUGUGCUCCUGCAUUUGUGUUUGGGCUGUUAUACAUUUGUGAAAAUUACAUUGAAAGUUGACUUAAGAGACUAUUGAAAAAGCAUGGAUAAUUAUAUAUACAUGUGAGAGACAUCUCAUCUGCUGUAUUUUACUUAAUGAGCAUUAUUCACUUUUCCAUGUCUAAUGUCUUGCCGGAUGCUGUGACUCAUAGUUUACUUUUGUUCAAAAUAGUUUGCACUUUUUGUUAAUAAAAUUAACUUGAGAAAA